AUAUAGCUAUUGCUUGUCAAACAUAAAUAAAGUACUUUAUUUUACAAUUUGCCUUUAUUUAUCAAUGCUUUUUCACACAGUUAGAACUCAUUUGGUUACCUUGGAAACCAACACACUUGUUUGUUUCUGUUUGUAUAAUAUCACAUUAUUUUCAUAAAUUUUCAAUUAGUACGAAAAGAAAAAAAAUACAUGAAAAUAUAAUUAAACAUUUCGAGAUUUAACAAUGAAACAAACGAUAAAGGAAAAAACUAACCAAAAGCUUACGCGUUGGGAUCGAAUACGUAAACGUAGUACGUGUAAGCAUUCAACUACACUAAAAACUGAUAUUGUAAGAAAUUUUAUUGAGAAGGAUUAUAUCAAUCAGCACGAUGAAUCCUUAUUAUGCGGCAAAAGCGCACCAAAUAAAGCGCUUAAUCCUGCGCUGGUUAUGGAUAUGCGACACGAAAUGUUUCGUAAAAUACCACGAAAGUUGCCUUUAGCUACUGUGGGUGGACAGCGUACGCUUGACGCUUGUGUAAAUCAUAAUUUGGUUGUUGAAGAACGCUACAUCAUGAAUGAGUUGAACAAAUUCCGACAGCAAUUACAGAAAAAUCACAAAAGGAACACGCUUAAGGUUAAAAUAACACAAAAUGUUGACGACAAUAAAGUAUAUGACAUGGACAAUGCUUUCCUAACACAAAGCUUGGUAAGAACUGCAAAGCAUAUUGAAAACUUCUACGCUGCGCCCUUGGAUGCACUGCAAGCAGUUAAUGAAUUGUGUGAAACGACUAGGCCAAUAGAAAAUAGCAAAUUAAUUGAAAAGGAUCACAAAAGGGUAAAUUAUAAAAGUGGUUUGGAAAUUGUUAAUGAAGAAGAAGUUAAAGCAGAAUCUAAAGAAGAUGUUAGAAGUGCCAGAAGUGAGGAGGACCAUAACUUAAAAAUUAGAGAAAUGGUUAAUGAAAAUGGUGAGGAUACACGGAGGAUUGACUUAAAUAUUUGCACGAAAAAAUCCGUUGAAGAAAUUCUUUCGAAAAAUGUAAUAAUUGACAAUGAGGCUGAUACUAUUUCUGAAGAAAAAUCUAUUGCAAAAGUGCAACAAUUCGAGGACGAAACCUGCAAUUGUCCAAAAAGUGCGGAUGUGGAAAUAAAUGAUAAAGAUCACUGCAAAACACGUUGUGUACGUUUUGUUGAUAAGGUGCAUGUAAAGAACUUCAAUCGUGAGAACUCCAUUUGUUCCAAUACCAGCGAUGGUAUUGAUUCAGUUGUUUCGGAUUUAGCGGAGGAGGCUCUCUUCGAGCUGCAAAUGGAAGCAGAAGAAAAUGUAUCACACGAAAACGAAUCAAACACAGAUUCUAAGGCAGCAUCAGAAUCCACUGAAGUUCAAAAUAAUUGUGAGAAUACAAAGACAUAUCAGUCCGUUGCCAACACAUUGGAACCACUAGUCAUUACAAGACUAAUAAAACCGCAAGAAGUAGAUUCUGCAAUUACAACUUCUGAAGAGUUGGAAGAUGAAAGCAUUUCCAAUCAUGAGCAAAACCUGAUUAUACAACAACUUUUUCGGCCACGCGCAAAUACAAAUGUUGCGUUGUUGAAAAAAUAUUUCUUAAAAUGGAUUCACUUUAUAACCAUAGAGAAAAUAGAACGCGAGGAUGUCACCAGUAAAAGUGAUCGUGUGCAUAAAAUCAAUAUGUUCUUGGACAAAAUACGUAAAGAGAAAUUACGUUUAACACGUUAUGCACGACAGUGUCAUGCUGGACAAGCGCGUGAUGAAACACAGAAAGGACCAGUGGUGGCAGCUCAAACAACAAAAAAGUAUCAAAACAAAAUAAAAAUCCAACAGGACAUUAUUGAUCUGCAAAAGAUGAAGCUAGAACGCCAAGAACGCAUAAUUAUGGAAUUGAAAUUAAAUAAACUGUCCGAUGAAGCAAAGGAAGCGCGACAAGACUUAAAGAACGAGCUAAAGACAAUCAUACGUCAUGGUGAUCCGAAAUUCAAAGCAAAAGCUAAAUGUCUACAGCUCAUAGGCAAUCUGCGUGAUGAAAAAGAUGAUAAUGCAACUAGUUUGCAGGGCAGAGCAUUGCUGAUGCCGAAAUUCUUACUUAAAAUGGAGGAACGCGCUUUGGAGAGAAACAUAAGACAUGAAAAAGCGCGUCAGAGGCGCCUGCAACAAGAGGCCGAGAAGGAGGCGCAAAAGAUGGCGGCAGAAGAAGCAAAGCGUCUAGAAGAUGAAGAGGCUAAGCGCAUGCGCAUAGAAGCUUUAAAAGAGAAGCGACGCCAAGAGAAAAUGGCUAAAAUACUUAAGGAACGAGAACAUCAGAGAGCGAUUGAGGCUAGGAAUAAAGCUGAUGAGUUUUACCGGCGCCUACUGCUACGCCGCAUUGGCAUGGAAGGAUUUAAGCGCUUGAUAAUGCGUAAACGUGAAAAUAAGCGUAAGUGUGAGCACUUCAGACGACAGAUUUUCAAGCGCACCUACUUUGUUAACUGGCGCGACUAUUAUCUAAAAGUACGCACUGAAAGGCAAUUACUGGCCGAUGAUUUAUAUGAUAAAAUAUUAAAACGCAACGCAUUAUGUGCCUGGCAAUUGUAUGUGCAGCAAGAGCGUUGUAAAUACAAUGUAGCCGUUGAUUGGUGUGACUUGAAACGUACCGAGCUCACAUUUAAAUUAUGGGCACAACAUAGCGCGCGUAUGAGCGCCAUUGAGGCAGCGAAAAUGAAACAGGCGACAUCGCACCAUGAAUGGCAUUUGAAGUGGAAAGUUUUGGAUUGUUGGCAACGUUUGCCACAAAUAUUGCAGUUGGAAAGAGAGACGGAGGAGCGACGUCAACGUUGGCGUAUGAAAAUAUGGGAGCUGUUGCCAGAUUAUACACCAAACAGAGAUAAUCCAUAAACGAAGCUUAUAACAGAAAAUAUUUUACAAAUAAAAUAUGUUUUUACAUAGUUUAAAUUUAUUUCAAAUCACUUAUUUGCUACUAAUUCAAAAAGUUCGUUAAUCGCUUUGUCGAUUAUACGCAACUCGUAUUAUUUGAAAGCAGUUU